GAAAAAAGGACAAGAAGGCAUUCAUUUUAUACGGGGGUGCUGGUGGGAAUGUCAUUUUCAUUCUUAAUUUUUUUUCCCCCCCCUCUCUCUCUCCCUUGUCUUGUUCAUGAACUUUUGCCUGCCCUCUAUUUAUUUUCUCGUGAUACCCUCACUUUCUCUCCGUUGUUCGUCCCCAAAGCUGGACGUCUACGAUGCCAGUGGCGUCGUGUACUACUAUCUCUUUUACUACUACGACAACUACAUCUUCCUGAAUUAUACCCCAUAUAUAGAAGCAGUAGGAAGGAAGGAGGGCAGUCUCCUCCUCCUCCAUCUCAUCUCGUUCCCAGCACAUGAUGGCCACACCUUCAUAUCAUACUUCCCUCCUUACAGCGACAGACUGCCGCUCCCAUGUGCACCUCAUCAUCGGCAGCAACUCUUUAGCCGGCAAACGUUGCGAGCAGUCUCUCGCCACAGGUGCGAGGCCUAUCCUCGUUGCCCCUGAUCCCGAGUCCUCCUCAGCGCAGCCCAUUCACUAUGGCCUCACCAAGGCCAUCGAGUCGUCUCAGGUGACCUGGCUCCGCCAGCCCUUCACGCCUGAGUUGCUCUUCUCCCUCGGCCGCGAGGAGGUCGGUCGUGUGGUCGACGCCGUGUUCAUCACGUCCACCAACACCACCACCAGUAAUGCCGGCAUUUCGACCCUCUGCAGGCGCAAUCGCAUCCCCGUCAAUGUUGUUGAUUCCUCCCGGCUGAGCAGCUUCUCCAUCCUUUCCACCCACACCGACGGCCCGCUGCAGAUCGGCAUCACGACCAACGGACGGGGCUGUCACCUCGCCAGCAGGAUCCGGCGUGAGGUUGCCGCCUCUCUCCCGGCUGGCCUGGGUGCGGGCUGCGCCAGGCUGGGCGAGGUGAGGCGGCGGGUGCAGGAGGAGGACCAUCUCCUCCACGAGGCCCUGGCGAACGGCGGGGGUGUUGGCGGCCUCGGCGCAGGGGACGAGGAGGAAGGGCUGGACCAGUCUGCGAGCUUCAACCACCUCAUCACCGAGGAGGACCUCGACGCCGCCAAGGGCAGGCGCAUGAGGUGGCUGGCCCAGGUGUGCGAGUAUUGGCCGCUGCGGAGGCUCGCGUCCAUCAGCGACGAGGACGUCGACGUGGUAUUGCAGUCGUACCCGGGCACCGCGGGCUCAUCUGCCAUCGCGAGCAUUGGCCGUGGUGACGAACAAUAUGGCGGUGGCGCAGGGCGAAGUAGCCAUAGGGGCGGCAGGAUUAUCCUCGCCGGCUCGGGACCUGGGCAUCCUGACCUACUCACCCGUGCGACGCACAAGGCGAUCCAGUCGGCGGAUCUGAUCCUCGCCGACAAGCUGGUCCCCGCCGGCGUGCUGGAUCUGAUCCCUCGGCGAACACCUGUGUCUAUCGCGAGAAAGUUCCCUGGCAACGCGGACCAGGCGCAGGAGGAGCUCCUCGAGCAGGCAUUGGCUGGUCUCAAGGCGGGCAAGACAGUCCUACGGCUCAAGCAGGGUGAUCCUUUUAUUUAUGGCCGUGGCGGUGAAGAGGUCGAUUACUUCAGACGAAAAGGGUGGGGGGACAAGGUCAUCGUGUUGCCGGGGAUCACGAGCGCACUGAGUGCACCGCUGUUCGCUGCCGUCCCGCCGACGCAGAGGGACGUCGCAGACCAGGUACUCAUCUGCACCGGCACUGGCAAGAAGGGAAAGCCGCCCGCUCCGCCCGAGUACGUGUCGAGUCGUACGUGUGUGUUUUUGAUGGCGCUGCACCGCAUCACGGGCCUUGUGGCAGAGCUGACGACACACUUGCCCACGGAGCUUGGCCAGGAGCGCACCAGCAGCGGCAGAGACGCAUCAUCAUCGUCAGAAGGAGCAGAACAGCCAGGGGCACCGCCCCCGCCAGAGCAGGCUGAGGCAGACACGCAGUCCAGAACAGCAAAUCGCACCCUCUGGCCCCUCGACACCCCCUGUGCCGUCAUCGAGCGCGCCUCGUGCCCAGACCAGCGCGUCAUUCGUACAACGCUGCAGUUCGUCGCCGAGGCGAUCGAGCAGGAAGGGAGCAGGCCGCCAGGCUUGUUGGUCGUUGGCAGGGCGUGCGAGGUGCUGUACACGCCUGAGAAGGGGCGGGCCUGGACCGUCGAGGAAGGGUUUGGGGGGCUGGAGGUCGAGGACGGGGGGGCUGUGAGCGCUGCCCUGGGCAGCCUGGCAGCUUUGGCAUAGGACUGGGCUGCUGAAUGGGGAACAACUUUGCAAGUCGACCUGCCCUUUUCGGGGCUUACUGUUUCACAGUUGAACAGUGAAGGGAACGCGGGGGAAGGGCAGAAAUGAAAUAAAAUUAAAGCCACAUCAUCAAGGAAAGAAGAUGUUAAUUAGACUAAUGGCUAUAACGGGGGAGCGCCUCUUCUUGCACCC